GGUGCGUUUAUAAAAAUGUGCUCUGUUUGUCUUGUCACGGAGGUGCCCGGAUGUUGUGUGGUAGCCCCGCCCCUCUCGCGGCUGGCUGGACGCUCAGAGAGUCUCUGCAGUGAAAAAGCCACAGAAAGGAAAACAGCACAGCGCGGCCCUUUCCCACCGAGGUGUGAAAAAAACAACAUUUGCUUGAAGAAGAACCGAUUACUCGACCUCAUUUUCUGCAGUCAUCUGCUGCUGCCCGUUUUCGAAGCGGAGUUCUGUCGCGCAGGCAACAAAAUGGGAAAUGAAGCAAGUUAUCCCCUGGAGAUGUGCUCGCACUUCGAUGCUGAUGAGAUUAAGAGGCUAGGAAAGAGAUUUAAGAAACUCGACCUAGAUAACUCUGGAUCCCUGAGCGUGGAGGAGUUCAUGUCCUUGCCUGAGCUGCAGCAGAAUCCACUGGUGCAGAGGGUUAUCGAUAUAUUUGACACAGAUGGCAACGGGGAGGUGGACUUCAAAGAGUUUAUCGAAGGUGUCUCGCAGUUCAGCGUGAAGGGGGAUAAGGAACAGAAGCUCCGAUUCGCAUUCAGGAUCUAUGAUAUGGAUAAGGACGGCUAUAUUUCCAACGGCGAACUAUUUCAAGUAUUGAAGAUGAUGGUGGGGAACAACUUGAAGGACACACAACUGCAGCAGAUUGUAGAUAAGACCAUCAUCAAUGCAGACAAGGAUGGCGAUGGGAGAAUAUCAUUUGAAGAGUUCUGUGCUGUUGUCGGUGGUCUCGACAUACACAAAAAAAUGGUAGUGGACGUGUGAGCGUCCAGCCAGUCCCCUGCCCCCCUACAACAUGCGCUUUCCUUUCCAUCUCUGAUGAUCUGCUCAAGAUAUCCAGCAAAUGCUCUCUAUAUUUCAAUGGAAGUAUUUACUCUGUGAAGCUACAUUUUUGCUAACACGAGCCUGGUGAAGCCAACGUGUAAGUGUUAUUGAACUCUAGUCCUCUCAAUAACCUGGUGUAGCACUUUACUGACUGAAGAACGACUAAGAGCAUCUUUGUCCAGAGACGGGAAGACGAGUUGGCUUGUUCAGUUUUGUUUUGUAAUGGUUAUUUUUUGGAAUAUUUAUUGUCUUUGUUUUUUUUUUUUCUUUUCUAAACAAGUAUAUAGACUGCUUUCAAAGGAGGAAAAUAUUCAAAAUCUCAGUACAGUACAGACGUAGGUUAUAAUGUGCCAAGCAGAACCUGGAAACCAGACAUAAAUACUGCCUAUUAUUAUUAUUAUUAUUAUUAUUAUUAUUCUUUGGGGAAUCUGGUUUGACUUGCAUUCUGUUUUGAUGCAGUUUUUAUUUACAAGUGAACAGGUUUUUUUUUUUCCUUUCCAUUUUUGUGAAAUGAGAUGUUUCACUUGCAUUUAAUCAAGUUCCACAAUAGCAUUUUUUAUUGUGAUAGAAUAUUUAUUUAUAAAUGUUUAUAUUAUUGCAGAGUAACUCUCUUCUGUUUAACUCAGUGAGACAGUCCAGUAGAAACAGAUGCCAAGAAAACAGCUGUAUUUAUGGUUUACAUAUGGUUAAACAUCUUAUUUAAGGCAACAUCUUUUGAAAAGUUACUAUUUCGUUAGGAGCAUUUCAUUGAUUAAAUAUUGAUAGUUUAUCUGCAGGCAGCACUUGUUCAUUUAAAUAAUGUCUGAGAUUUUAUCAUCGUUAACAGUACAUUUCAUUUUUUACUUGUGAUGCCCCCAUCUGGAAGAACUGUGCACUGUAAUUUAAAUACAACACACCCAAACUGUCAACUACGUAACCUCUUUCAUAGCGUUAAGAUUUUGGCAUGUCAAGACUAAAUAGUUUGGCUGAAAAUAAGGUUUUGCCUCUUUACCCGUUUCUGUGCAUCUUCAUCUUUCUUUAAUCGCAACUCUGCAUCCUGAAACCCCCUGAGCUUCUCCAGUGCUUGCAUGCACAUUUUCCUUUCUGCAUGUUUUCCGAUUUACAGCACUCCUACUGUUUACACGUAGGUUACGAUGUUAAAUAUCACUGAUCUGAGAGUUAUGAAUGUUGCCCAAGUUUAGUUAAAUGAAAAUUGAUGAUACUCUUGAAUAAAAACAAAAUUAGUUCUUUGCAAAAGUGGCAGUGAACUGACUUGAGUCAUAUUCCUUCAAGCAGAAUACCUUGUGGAGUUUUUUUUUUUUUCAGAUUAAAAGUCUCAUCUUUAAUAUGAGAGUUAAUUUCACUCCACUUUAGCGAAAUGGGUAUUUCACUCAUGAGUCAACAUCUGAAAAUCCCCCUCUUUCAGGUGAGAGAUGUCCACAGUGCAUGCUGCAUUAUAUUGUCUACUGCGGGAUACUGUAUGAAAAUUAAAUAAAUCUUUAAAAUACCA